AUGCCACCACAUAGGGCCACAGACAACCAGAGAGAGCAACAGAACCACCACAUAGGGCCACAGACAGCCAGAGAGAGCAACAGACAGCCACCACAUAGGGCCACAGACAAUCAGAGAGAGCAACAGAAGCCACCACAUAGGGCCACAAACAGCCAGAGGGGGCAACAGAAGCCACCACAUAGGGCCACAGACAGCCACCACAGACAAUCAGAGAGAGCAACAGACAGCCACCACAUAGGGCCACAGACAGCCAGAGAGAGCAACAGAAGCCACCACAUAGGGCCACAUACAAUCAGAGAGAGCAACAGAAGCCACCACAUAGGGCCACAGACAACCAGAGUGAGCAACAGAAGCAUCCACAUAGGGCCACAGACAGCCAGAGGGGGCAACAGAAGCCACCACAUAGGGUCACAGACAGCCAGUUGGGGCAACAGAAGCCACCACAUAGGGCCACAGACAGCCAGAGAGGGCAACAGAAGCAGCCACAUAGGGCCACAGACAGCCAGAGGGGGCAACAGAAGCCACCACAUAGGGCCACAGACAGCCAGAGAGGGCAACAGAAGCCACCACAUAGGGCCACAGACAGCCAGAGAGAGCAACAGAAGCCACCACAUAGGGCCACAGCCAGCCAGUGGGGGCAACAGAAGCCACCACAUAGGGCCACAGACAGACAAUCAGAGAGAGCAACAGAGGCCACCACAUAGGGCCACAGACAGCCAGUGGGGGCAACAGAAGCCACCACAUAGGGCCACAGACAGCCAGAGAGGGCAACAGAAGCCACCACAUAGGGCCACAGACAGCCAGAGGGAGCAACAGAAGCCACCACAUAGGGCCGCAGACAGCCAGAGGGGGCAACAGAAGCCGCCACAUAGGGCCACAGACAGCCAGAGGGGGCAACAGAAGCCACCACAUAGGGCCACAGACAGCCAGAGAGGGCAAAAGAAGCCACCACAUAGGGCCACAGACAGCCCGAGAGGGCAACAGAAGCCACCACAUAGGGCCACAGACAGCCAGAGGGGGCAACAGAAGCCACCACAUAGGGCCACAGACAGCCAGAGGGGGCAACAGAAGCCACCACAUAGGGCCACAGACAGCCAGAGGGGGCAACAGAAGCCACCACAUAGGGUCACAGACAGCCAGAGAGUGCAACAGAAGCCACCACAUAGGGCCACAGACAGCCAGAGGGGGCAACAGAAGCCGCCACAUAGGGCCACAGACAGCCAGAGGGGGCAACAGAAGCCACCACAUAGGGCCACAGACAGCCAGAGAGGGCAACAGAAGCCACCACAUAGGGCCACAGACAGCCAGAGGGGGCAACAGAAGCCACCACAUAGGGCCACAGACAGCCAGAGAGGGCAACAGAAGCCACCGACAGCCAGAGGGGGCAACAGACAACCACAGUGA